GAUGUUACACUAUGCCUGUGCACAUGGCCAUCCCGUGGUAGCUUCCCUCCUAAUAGGGUGGAAUUGUGACAUUGAUCUCCGUGACAGUGACAACUGCACAGCACUAAUUAAGGCUACACAGUAUGGGCAAGAAGGAUGUGCACUCAUUUUACUAGAUCAUGGUGCUGAUCCAAAUGCCAAGGACAACCAUGGGAACACGGCUCUGCACUAUGCUGUUUGGCAAAACAAAACAACAAUGGUAAACAUACUGCUGGAACACCAUGCUGACAUCUGUAUAAGGAACGAGGAUAAUUUUACACCAUAUACGCUGGCUCAAUUAAGAAACAACGAAAGCCUGGCAAAGUUUUUAGUAGACAGGAGGGACCAGAUACUGAAAGCUGAUGAACUGAAGAGACUGAAACUUGGCAACCUGAAGAUAAAAGUACAACCAGAACCCCCAACAGGAGAUUCAGAACAGCCUCAGGUGAUGUUGGAUGGUACAAGUUUGAUCACAGAGGAAGCUGAUAAGCAGAAAGUCACCAGGUUGCAAUCAGCAGAAAACCUGAAUGACCAUUGGGUGCAUGCAUCAGAAGACCAGAUUCAAAGGGUGGUUCGUGCUUCAGAAAAUGGAAAUCACAGUGCAAUUCAUGUAUCAGAAAACCUGAAUCCCAGUUUGGCAAACACAUCAGCAAAUAAGAGUCAAACUGAAGUGCCUAAAAACCUGAUGAACAGUGUGGUGCAUGAAGCAGAAAAACUGAAUCACAGUGCUGCAGCCCUAGUUCUUCAAAAACAGAAUGGAAAAACUGAAGAGCAACCUGUUCCUGUUGAGGAGAAUCGACAAGCUGAUGGGGUAAAGAACAAUUUUGAAAUGAGUACAAAAGAACUCAAAUGAACAAGAAAAUGGAGAGUUUACUUGUACUGAAAAUUUAAAUACUAAUCAAUUCUGAAACAGAUGAGAUUAAUAUACUAAGUCAUAAGAUUAAUCUUACCAAAAAGAGCCUAUCCCAAAUGUCAUUUAACUGUGAGAGACUUAAAAACGAAAACCAGUCUCUGCAUCAGAAGAUCUUGGAUAACACACCCUUCCAGGAGAAAUGCAAAAUGCUUGAAGAGAGAGAGGAGAAGCUGAAACAGGAAUUAUUAAUCCUUGAAACUCACAGGCAAAAGACUAUGAUAGACCGCAGAGAGGCAGAAAUCUUAUUGCAAAAGACUGAAGAAAGAUCCAGACUACAAGUAGAGGAAGAAUUGGAAAGAAUCCCUCUGAUUUUACAGGUUCUUGUAACCUACUGGCAGUUUUGCAUUCAACUUAUGUGCAUGAAAGACUUGCAAACAUAAGCAGAAUAUUACCUGGAAUUACUUACAUAUGAAAAAAGGUACAGGGAGUUGUCAGAAGGAGAAGACAGGAAACCUUACCUAGAGAUUUAAGGAGCAUAACGGUAAGAACUGUAUCAUUUGAGGUAGGGUAUCUUGGCAUUAAAGAAAUGUUUUAUAUGUUUCCAUCAUGCUACAGAUGUGUAGGGAGACUGAAGAGUUACUUUUAGCGUUUUGUAGGGAAGAGAAUUUUUGAGUCCUGCAAAUUGAGAAGAUUAUACAAAUGACACAGAUUAACCAUAAAUAUUUUCAUAAAUAAAUGUAUUUUUUUAAAGUCAUAGAAAUCUCAUUUUGUAUUUAAUUAUUUGAUGGCAUCAUUAAUGCUUCAGUCAACAUCCCCAAUGAAAUACUUCUAAAUGCCUAAUAUUUUACUAAGUUCUUCAGUACAGAAAUGAUUUAAAGUAAAGAAUCUUUCACAAUCCUUUCCUCUGGCCUCAUUCUUUGUGUUCUCACACAGGGUAGGCAAGCAUUCUACUACUGAGUUGUAUUCCCAGUACUAUUUUCUUUUUAUUAUUAUUUUUUCUUUUAUAGGAUCUUUUGCUAACUCAUUGAUGAUUUACACAUGAGGACAAAGUGUUUUGGUUGCAUUCACCCUACUCUCCUCAGAUCUACUUUUACUAAUGACUCUCACCCAGCUUUAAAGAAUAAUCUAUACAAUUUAACUUGUGCUGCCUAUAUUCUUUUGUGUGUGGCCAUCGACUAGAGUAUAUGAGGUCAUCUUACUCAUGGCUACACCUUUAAAACCCUGAUUAUCCUCUCUAGUAGCCAAUCCUAAACACUGGAACGCACCUCAGCCAGGAAUGAGUCUUUUGUUAUUUCUAGUUUUUAAAAUAAGUGACAAAUUUUUAGAUUUUUUUUGAAUUUUUAUUUUGCUUUAUAAAAUUUUGAUACAUGUAUAUAAUGUAUCUUAGUUGUAAUCAGUUUACAGUCUCUGUUUCAACUUCCCCUGCCAUGCCUACUAUCAUAUCAGCCUUGCAAUUUCAUGUCCUCCUUUGGCAAUUUUUUGUUUGUUUAGCAUUAUCCAUAUCAGUUCAGUAGGUGUGGUACAUACGUGUAUUGGUGUGGGGUCCUCCAGUUUGGCAUGAGGAUUCUUUAACUAGAUCAAUAGGAAGCAUAAAUUAGUGGGCUAAAUUAGUGCCUUUAGUGCGUUAAAACUAAAAGCUGCAAUCUUUGAAAUUGAAUUUUGUCUGACUCAGUCUCCAAACUCAUGGUCAUGAGAUUUCUUGUUUGUAUGUGUGUGUGUGUGUGUGUGUGUGUGUGUGGGUGUGUGGGUGUGUGUGUGUGUGUGUUUAAGAAAGAGAGAUUUCCACUGAACACCAUCUCUAACUAUAUGAAAUAAAAAGUAAAAUGGAAAGUGAUAGCUAAAUAAAUUAUUGAAUAUCUUUCACAUAUAUACAAAGUUUAUUAAUGUUGAAAGCACAAAGGACUAUUCUAUGUACCUAGGUAUUAGUUGUUGUCUUCCUACAGGUUAUUAAAAUAUUUUAUAGAUAUAUACUCUUUAUAAAGGUUAACUGAAAGCAUUAGAAACAGAACAGACUGUAGGGAUUAUAUUUCUUUAAAACCCUUUUGUUUUAGUCAUGUGCAGUAUAUGUCACAUAAAAACUGAAGGAAAGAUUUUAAAGAGUAAAUAUAUGUAAAUUUAUAUGAUUUUGGUAGAAUAAUUUAUUUCUAGUGAAUUUAUAAAGUAGAUUUGAAAAAAAAUCUUACUUCUUCUUCUUUUUUUCCUGUUUUUGCUUUGAAAACUAAUCCAUAAAAAUCUUAUGGUUUUCAUCAGAUUUAAUUUAAUGAUAUUUUCAUUAUCUUUCAUAGAUCAGUGAAACAUUAGAAUUGUAAAAUUUUAUGUAAUUGUAAAACUUUAUGUAAUUACAUAUAGUUUUAUGUAAAACUAUAUGUAAUUUAAAUGAUAGAACUAUUAAUAAAAUGUAUGAGAAUACAGACCCUAUUUUAAAGUUAGAGAUAAUUAACUUCCUGUCUGCAACCACACUGAAGAACAGCCUCCCUACCCCGGGUACACGCAGAGACAGUUUGACCCCCAGAAGUUCUGACACAAUCAGGGUCCCUGGUGAGAACCCUCUGCCCCAAUACCUGGCUUAACUGGGAUCCCUCCUCAUCUCCUGCCCAGGGGUUUAGAGGUUGCAAGAACUCCAUACUGCUGGAGACACACUUUCCUUUUGGUCCACCACUACAUGUGGAAGCACACUGCAUGUUCCAGCCCUCCUACUGCCCCACCCAGAGACAGCAUGAUCCAAGAAGGUCCAUUAGGCUCACAGGAGAAACAGACUCCAGUCAGAGACAGCAAGGCCAGUUAACACCAGAGAAAAACAGUUGGCAAGAGGCAAGUGCAAGUACAUAAGAACAGAAACCAGUGUGACUUGCCACCAUCAGUUCUCCCACCACAGCAAACCCUGGAUAUCCUAACACACAUGGAAGGUAAGAUUCUGACCUAAAAUCCCAUCUCAUGAAGAUGAUAGAGGACCUUAAGGAGAGAAUAUAAAUAAUUCCCUUAAAGAAAUACAGAAGAACACAGGUAAACAGGUAGAGCCCUCGAAGUAGAAACACACAAAUCCCUUAAGAGAAAUACAGGAAAACACAAUCAAAGAGGUGAAAGAAUUGAACAAAAUCAUCCAAGAUCUAAAAAUGGAAAUACAAACAAUAUAGAAAUCACAGGGGAGACAACCCUGGAGAAGGAAAACCUAGAAAAGGGAUCAGGAGUUACAGAUGUAAAAGCAUUAUCAACAGAAUACAAAAGAUAGAAGAAUGUCAGACAUAGAAGAUAUUGACAGAACAGUCAAAGAAAAUAGAAAGUGCAAAAAGCCCUUAACUCAAAACAUCCAGGAAAUUCAGAACAUAAUGAAAAGAACAAACCUAAGAAUAAUAGGUAUACAAGAGAGUGAAGAUUCCAAAUUCAAAGAACCAGUAAACAUCUACAACAAAGUCACAGAAGAAAACUUCCCUAACUUAAAGAAAGAGAUGGUAAUAAAUGUUCAUUAAGCCUAUAGAACACCAAAAAGAUUGGACCACAAAAGAAAAUCCUCUCAUCACAUAAUAUUC